CGCGAAUUCAAAUUUGUAAACAAAGCUUCGCCUUGACACUGUGAUCAAAUUGACUCAAUUUUGCCAAAAUGAUGCGAAAAUCAAAUUUAGGGAGUGGGAGUGUUCAGCGCCCUGGAACCCUGAAACCAAGAAAUACAGACAAUACUCCAAAUAACAGACGGAGUGCAGGGCAACAGAUAAGGAAAUCAUACCUUCCCAAAGCCUCACAAGCAGACAGUGCUAAAAAACUAGCCAGUAGAAGUAAGCGCAUCAGUGCUGAGGGAAUCGGCAGACUCUCCAUAGCUUCAGGAAGAUUUACCCCCACUCGCAACAAUGCCAUGGUCUCUUCCAUGCUGGCUCCUCCCAGUGUCAGCAGACUGUCAACGGAUUCAGUGCGCAGCUCCGGCAUGGGGACGAAGGCGAGGAAGGAGACACGACCCAUCACAGACUCCAAUUUUAAGAGCCAGUGCGUGGACAAAAUUCUGGACUUCCUAGUCAGUGGUGGCUAUGAACACCAGCUUCAGCGAAGAACUCUCCUCACACCUUCCACAAAGGAUUUUGCUAACAUUUUCAGUUUUAUAUACAGGCACCUUGAUAGUCAAUACAAUUUGCCAAAUAGAUUCGAGGAGGAAAUUCCACGCCUAUUAAAGCUUUUGACUUAUCCCGUGCAGAUGUCAAAAUCAUCCUUUAUUACAGUUGGAUCUCCUCACACAUGGCCCUCGGUUCUGGCUAUGCUAGCAUGGUUGGUUGAUGUGGUGAACUUGUACAGCUGCAUCAACCCGAUGCCCAUUGCCUUUCCAAGUGACUUUGACAGUGAAAUCAAUCUUUCCAAGACUAGGUUUACUGUACAAGUUGAACUCGCCAGCAUUGAUGAUGACACGGAACAGGUUGAGGCUAAGCUAGAAGAGUACAGGCACGUACUAGAGCAAGUACAGGGUGUGAGAAAACAGGAUCUUCUGCAAAUCCAGGAGGAGGAUGAAAGGCUUGAAGACAUGGUGAGCAACCUGAACAAUGGACCAGAGAGACUGCAGCAGCUGCAUCACCAGUACACUCAGCUUGUAGAUGACAAUGAGAAAAUGUCAGAUUACUGUAGAGAGCUGCAGGUCCAUAUAUCUGCAAGAGAUGGUGAUCGUUCGCAGAUGGAAUCAAAACUGGCGGAGCUUAAAGCUGCUAAAAAGCAGGUUUUUGAGGAAGUCGCUCGCUUGGAAACACUGAAGGAACAACAGGCUUUGAAUGUUGGGGAAUUGGCAAGAUUCAAGAACCAUGCAAAUAAUGUUGCUACAAUUAUAUCACAGCUCCAAGCCCAGGGAAAAGAUCAAGACGCUCAGAUAUGGUCACUAGAGAUGGAACUGGGCAAAGCUCGGUCAAGCUUGUGUGAUAGUAUGUGUGCCUAUAACAAACUGGUCCGUCAGCUAGACCUUCCUGAUGAUUAUGAAAUUUCACUGGCUGAUGUAGCUGAGAAUUUAUGCCACUGGCAGACCACACUGCUUGAUGAGCUACGACAUAGGAAGAAGGAUGCGAAACAUGCCAUGUACGAGGCACAGAACCAGCUGAUACGAAAAGAGGAGGAAAUUAGCAUGGUGAAUGAAAUGCUGCUUGAGAAAAAGGACCAGUUGACAAAGCUCGAGAGUCGGUUGCGAAGAGUGGAAGAAGACAUUUUAAUGACCAAAAAUGAAAUUACUGCUGAGGAGAAGGAGAUGCAGGUAGAAAGUGACCGAAUGGACCAGCAAAUCCUGGAGGCUCGUAAGACACACAAGGGAACAAUUUACCAGAAGCAGUGUGCGUUAGAGCAAGCCAAGGAAGAAUUGGAGAAUGUCAAGGUCUCUGGCAAGGAGCGCAUGCGUUCUGGUGCAGAGUUCCUAGUCCGCGUGUGCCAUGCAUCCCUGGAGCACCUGGAGUGGCAGCAGAGGGAAGCCCUAAAGCACAAGAUCACUGUGGAGAAUGUGACCAGAAAACUUGUGGAACCUAUACAUAUAGAUGUCAAAAAAUGAAGAAAAAAAAAUUAUAAGAAAAAAAGGAGAUGCCUCUACGUACAGAAUUCUAUUUUAGUUUUUCGUAACAUGUUUAGCUUGGCCUGCUAGGGAAAUGCUUCUUGGCGGUGGAAAUUUACUUUUAUCUGUGAUGUCUCUACCCUGAGUUUAAACUUAAGGCUGUGGCAAGAUAUUUUUAUAAAUUGUCAUAUAUGAAAAGAUAUAUGUAGGUGAAGUUUUAUUUGCUGUAUAAAAAGAUAGAAAAAAAAUCUUAUAUAUCUGUAUAAUUACUUGUCAUUGCCAAAUCUUUGAUACUUGAACUGUUGAAAAAAAUAAUGUCUUUUCUCUUUUUUGU